AUGGAGAUGUGUGAGAGCAAAGAGCUGAAAGCCCAGGCUGACCAAGCCUUCCGGAAUCAAGACUUCCAGAUGGCCAUCGCCCUGUAUUCCCAGGCCUUGGUGUGGGCGCCCAGCGAGACGCUGCUGUCCAAUCGGAGCGCCGCCUAUGCGGCGGCCGGAAACUUCAAGGCGGCCCUGGAGGACGCCAAGAGCUGUGAGGAGAUGGCGCCGGACUGGCCCAAGGCGGUGUUUCGGCGCGGUGUCGCCCUGCGUGGGCUCAAGCGCUAUGACAUGGCAAUCAGCGCCUUCGCCCAAGGCCAGGAUCAGGAUCCCAGCAACCCGAACUGGCACAAGGAGAUCGAGGAAACUGAGAGGAUGCGGGAGCUGCAACGUGGCGGGCGCCAACGGAGCUACCAACUGAGCGAGCUGCCGGUGGUGCCCAGCGAAAUAGCCAAUGGACAGCCUUCGAGGCCUGUCACUCAGCUAAGCCCGCCGGCCAUUAUAACAAGGAGCGAUCAGCUGGCAUGCUUCCUCAUCGCCGCUUUCACCCUCUUGAGCGUGGCCUGCCACCCAAAAACUCCACCAGAUGCAGAGUCUUUGCAGUGGUGCCAGGUGCUGGGUACAAAGACCACCAUCGAGGACAUCGUCAAGCACAUGGGCAGCUCUGGCAUGCUCACCCUGCACGGAGAAUGUCCGGAUAUGGCACGGCGCAACGCUCGGAUGCCUCCGCGCUGCGAGAUCCAUGACUUGGGCGGCGCAGUGCCGCUCCCGCAGCCGAGCCGAGCUCACGAGGUGGACGGCGGACAGCGGCUGCUGAACCUCGUGCCGACGCCCACCUGGGAGUGUGGCAAGAAGACGGCCAAGGUUUGGGAAGCUGGGUACGCGUUGUCGCCGGCCACCGAGAACUGGUCCCGGCACGUGCGAGAGGCGCAUCGCACGCGCUCAGCGUUGGCCGUGGGUUUCGUCGGCGCUACAUCUGCUGGAAAGAGCUGGUUGGUGAGCAAGCUGCAAAGCGAAGGCGCUGCUCAGCCAGCCCGCUUCGAGCAGAGUUUUUCCGAAGGUGUGGACUUGCAGUCCAUGACUUCGGACAUCAACCUGUACAUGGACCCAGUAGACCACAUCUAUUAUGUGGACUUUGAGGGGACCUAUGGCACGCUCCCGCUGCAGUACUAUGCUGCGGACAUGGCCAAGGUCGUGCAAAGAUGUGCGGAUGUCACAUCUUGGGAGUCCAGGCGACGGCAGGUGCUCAAAGAGUCCUUUCAACCUGCCAUUGCCUACCUGAUGUGUGAUGUUGUGGUCUUCCUUACCCGGGAAAAGCUUGUAUGCCGCCGAGCGCUGGAGGAGUGUGAGCAAUUUGCAAGAGCGGCCAAUGCCAGAGUUACCAACGCGCUGCCACCAGCACUGAUCAUUGUGCAGAACUGCUGCAGGCCCAGCGAGGGCUUGUUUGACUCGGACAAGUGUACAGAAGCAUUUCGGCGAGCUCACUUCAGUGCUGGCCGCUGGAAUUACGACGAGCCGCAGGAUGCGAAGCCUGCCACCAGUGCAGCUGUGGCACAGUGGGCCGAGUAUUUCAGGAGCAUUGACUGCUUCUGCGUCCCUGACGAGUAUACAUUCUGCAAGCGGAGUGGUUUUGAUGGCGAGGACGUUUGCAAGGAAGUGAUCGCCAAGCUGAAGGCCACCAUCCGAACAAGACUCAGCGAGGGAGAGCCGCCUCGAGCUGUUCACGGCAUCAGCCUCUCGCAAUUUCAAUGGUUUGCAGCGCUAUCCACGCUGUGCAGCAUCAUCAAUGACCAGGAGACGGUGGCUAUGUCAGCCAUUUACAUUCACGCUGGCGCUGUGGCAGGGGGUGUAGAUGAGCUGAAGUCUGUCCUGCUGCAGCUGAUGCACCCCAUGAAGCGCCUGGACGUUUUCGAUGCCACGGACUUCCACAGAAGGCUUGGCGUGGCGCUGGGGGUCAUCGCGCGCUUCGUGGUGCGCCACGACAUGUCAGAAGAGGAUGUACGCCAGGUGGUCAGAUACAUCGUCUCGCUCUUCCCCUGCGGUGCCGUUGCGCCGCCCACGGUGGAGCGUGCCGAUGGGAGCAAGAGACCCGUGGUAUGUGCACAGAACCAGCUCUUCCACCAGGGCCUACACCGAUCCAAUGUUUUGGUGCGUACCGUAGAUGCCGGUUGGUUCCAACACCUCAGCGAGUGGCUGCAAGGUGGUGUCACAUAUGCGUGGCCUGGAGAGUUUUCCUGCUCCGAGAGCGUUGCCGAGGCUUCCAACCAAGCCGUCCUCACGGCCUCCAUACUCGAACAGGUGGAGGAGUACAAGGUCGCAAAAUGUUUGGAGGGACUGGCGCCAAAGGUCGGCACGCCGUGGGUUCUGAAGGCUCAUGGCAGCUUCAGCCAGAGCGGCCUCAAGGUACUGCAGGACUCGAGCCGCUUGUGCAUCGUGUGCACGGAUGCCGGUUCGGACACCGGGAGCCUUUGGAAGUUCUGGACAUCGUCGGCGAACGAUUUGCUGCCAGUUUGUGCCCACUGCUACCAAAUCAUGGAGAGCAAUGGGUUGUGCAAGGGCAGCACAAUUGCGCCAGCUGCGCAAGCAAACUGUGGAAAAGAAGGACGGCGAUGCGCGGCUUGUGCCCAGCAGCCUGGCCGGGUCAUCAUGACCGAGGAUCGGCUGUUGACACCCACCCCCAUUCAGACCUGGCGCGGCUGUGCAGCCAAAUGA